AUGAAGGGUCAUGCAUCAUUUUCCACUCUGUUUUUAACGCUUACAAGUCUCCUGUUUCCCGUCUACUCCAUAAACCUCGAUCUGACCAACUACACUGAGCUUUGGGGUCCUGAGGACAGCUACUUUGGAUUCUCGGUGGAUUUCAUCGAGCAGAGAGACAAAACUGUGAGUAUUGUUGUAGGCGCACCCAGAGCCAACACCCCCCAGCCUGGUGUUACAGCAGGGGGUUCUGUGUUCCUCUGUCCUUGGUCUUCAUCUGGAGAAACCUGCCAGAGCUUGGGCUUUGACCAGAGAGGCGAUGAGAAUUUCACGUUUGCGAACUUCGUUCUGAAGGCCCACAAGUCCAAGCAGUGGUUUGGGUCUUCGGUGCGAGUCAAGGAUCACUACAUAUUGGCUUGUGCGCCGCUCUUUCACUGGAAUGUGUACAGGGAUGGAGAUGAAGCGAUGAAUACCCCUGUGGGAAAUUGCCAAGUCCUGAACAUACUUUCUGGAGAGGUAGCCAACUACGCCCCCUGCAGAGCUCUCCAAGUAGAGAAGGAUUACAAAUACUAUGCUGAUAGACGAUACUGCGAAGCAGGAUUUAGCUCUGAUAUAACCAAGGAUGGGAGAGUGGUUCUUGGUGCCCCAGGCGGAUUUUUCUUUCAAGGUCAGAUCAUCACAGCACCCAUUGAAAAUAUCAUUGCCAGCAAGCAGCCUUUCUCCGAGGUCCGCCCUCUUAGAGGAGAGAUGAAGUCAAAUGAGAGAUACGACUUUUAUGACCUUUAUCUUGGGUACUCGGUGGCUACCGGACAGUUGACAAAAGACAACACAACAGACUACGUGGUUGGUGUUCCAAAUGAUCGAUUCACUGCUGGCUCAGUUAAAAUUUUAGAUGGAUCCAGCCCUUCGCUACGCAUCACUAAGUCGCUGUAUGGCACCCAGGUGGCUUCUUAUUUUGGUCACUCUGUUGCUGUCACUGACGUCAACAAUGAUGGGAGAGAUGACAUUCUCGUCGGAGCUCCCCUUUUCAUGGAGCAGUUGUCCAGUCAGCAUUUGCGCGAGGUCGGCCAGGUACACGUGUACCUGCAGAGGGACGGCUCCACCUUCGACGCCGCGCCCAACCAGAAACUGACGGGCACCACCGCUUACGGUCGCUUUGGCAUGGCCCUGGCUCCGCUUGGAGACCUCAACCAAGACGGCUUUAACGAUGUGGCUGUUGGCUCGCCAAGCUCCGUCGGAGAUGGUCGAGUUUUUAUUUUCAUGGGCGAGAGUGCCGGCUUGACACUGCAGUACGCCCAAGUCUUGGAAAGCCCCUUCCGUGCUCCUGGAAAAUUAGCCGGGUUCGGUUUUACCUUGAGAGGGGGCGUCGACAUUGAUGACAACGGCUACCCAGAUCUUGCUGUUGGAGCGUGGGGUGUGAGCAAAGUGGCUGUGUACAGAGCACAGGCAGUGGUGAAGGCGAAAGCUCAGCUUUCCAUCCAACCAGAUUUCCUUAACCCUGAUGUCAAACAGUGUGCUCUUCCCCAAACCAGCACACAUGUCUCCUGUUUCACUAUUAUGAUGUGCAUCAGUGUGUCUGGGUACAGAAUCCCAGAGAAAAUUGUGCUGGAUACGGAACUCCAACUGGACACGAUGAAGCAAAUUAUGGCCAGGAGAACUUUGCUGUUACAGACCAGUCAACCGAAAGAACAAUUCCAACUCAACGUUACCGCAGACACUGGAAAAACAUGCAAAACCAUGACCGCCUAUCUGCUGACAGAUUUCAAAGACAAACUCAGCCCAAUUUUCAUCUCUGUUAGCUACAAACUGAGCAAGUCCCAAGCCGCUGUGUUACAAGACCAGACUACUGCUGUUGCACAGACACGAAUUAUUCUGGACUGUGGUGAAGAUAAUAUCUGUAUCCCUGACUUGGUGCUAUCUGCAGUUUCGGAAACGAAAGUUCUCCUGGUGGGAGACGAGAGCCCGGCGCUGUUGAUUGUGCAGGCGGAGAACAGGGGAGAGGGAGCGUAUGAGACCGAGUUACAGAUCUGGCCCCCCGCCAACACACAUUAUCAGGGAGUGCUGAGUGACAGAGAGGGUUUCACUCGUUUGGUCUGUGCGCAGAGGAAAGACAACGGGACCAUAGUUGUGGUUUGUGACUUGGGAAAUCCCAUGAAAACAGGCCAGAAGCUCAAAGCGGGUCUCCUGUUCAGUGUGGGAAGCUUGGAAGAGGUGGAGAGCCAUGUAUCUUUCUAUUUGCAAAUGAAAAGUAAGAAUAGCCAGAGACCAGACAGCGACGUGGUCCAUUUGAGGAUUAAUGUCAGUGCCGAGGCUACGCUGGAGAUGCGGGGUGGCUCUUCCCCACCUGAAUGUGUCCUUCCUAUUGCGAAAUGGGAACCUAAGCUACACCCAAAGACUUUGGAUGAAGUGGGUCCACUCGUGGAACAUGUUUAUGAGCUGAGGAAUUUGGGCCCAAGUACAGUUGACGUUCGGGUGGAAGUCGAGCUCCCAACGCAACAUAAUGGAUCCAAUCUACUCUACGUGUUCGCCAACGCAUCAGAAGAGUUCCUCACUUGUGAAACGACAGCCUCAGACAUUGACAAAUAUGGGUUAAUGAAACAAGACACCAUGAACAUAACCAGGGAUGUUCACCACUUUAAUAAGCGCGACACAGGACAUCUUGAGCAACCAGUUUACCGCCGGAGAGAGACUGUCCAUGUGAACUGCUCCGGUGGGGAACCGUGUCUUCUGUUUUCGUGCGUUGCCACUGGUUUACAGAGAGAGGGGAGAGCAGUCGUGAGACUAAUGGCCAGACUCUGGGUACAAACCUUCCUGGAGAGACCUUAUGAAAAUUAUGUCCUCCAGUCCACAGCUCGUUAUGAGGUUGUGAGCAUGCACUCAAAGGUACAACCAGCGAUCCUCCCUAGCGGAUACGCACAGACAGAGACCAGUGUAGUGUGGAGACUGGCAGAUGGAGAAAGGGAAGUUCCUUUUUGGUGGUUUGUCGUUUCCAUUAUUACUGGCCUCAUUCUCCUGGCACUGCUGAGUUACAUCUUCUUGAAGAUGGGAUUUUUCAAGCGUUCCCGGCCACCGUCCAGUGGGGACGAAGAUGAGAACCAGGGCCUGAGCGGAGAGGAUGGGUAG